GACGUUGAGCGGACAAAGACUGUCGGUGACCUCAAAAAUGUUAUCAAGGUCGCCAAGAAGCCAGAGUUUGACCAUGUUGCCGCCGACCGUCUUGAGCUAUGGAAGGUCAAGAUCAAUUUGAAUGAUAUAGACUUACGGAACGCGAUCAUAGACGGCGGCAUCGAGCUGCACCCGUUAACCGAGCUGUCUGAUGUGUUUGCGGAUGGAAUAGAGCGCGGAUGCAUUCAUAUCAAGGGCGCGGGUAGUCCGUCGGCCGGUGCAAAACCAUCUGCAUUCUCAACCAAGCAGGACCAGCAAGAGUACCUUUGCAACCGUCCUCGCAGAGCCGCGGACCCUGUUCCCAUUACUCUUCUUGAGCCUAUCUUCGCCGAGUUCGUGGAUGAUUGUCAAAAGUAUGAACCAACUGUCCACGAUAACGACUUUGUUUUGCAACUUUCGGAAAAGAUGGCCUCCUUCUAUCCCAAUGAGCUCGCGCGGAUGAAUACAUUCCGGCAAGUGCUCCGUGACUACGGUAUUAUACUCAAUGCUUCUAUGGUUGGCUCAACCGGAUGUACGACGGACAGACAUAUUUUGUCUACCAAUGGACAGUUUGUGCUGAUGAUAAUUGAGGGGAAGAACGAGAUCGGAAGUGGCACUGCCGAACCGUUCAUGGAGGCGAUGUUGUACUACCGCAAGUUUAUGGAAGACUCGAAGAUUGAGAUGGCGAGGCUCCGGUCUUUCAUUCCAUGCAUCCAUAUUAUUGUCUUCGACCUCCGCAUGCAAGUGAUGGCAGCUCGUACUUUCGGGGCUCUCAAAAUUGCCGUCGAGAAACUCACCAAACUAUACUCCCAUCCAAUCCCGACCCUCGAACCCGAAGAUCCAUAUCUUAAAUGUCCCUACCCUCGGAGUUAUACCAAUUCCACCGGUUUCAUUCAGGAAUUCUCGUAUGAUGAGACUCAAAUCCUCAGGGAUCGACUUAUUUUCUUCGGGGAAACCGUUGGCGAUGCGGCUGGGAGCAAGAUAUGCAUGAAGUUUGUCAGGCACUAUUCCCCUCAGGCUCACGAAUUCUGUGCCAGCAAGGGGAACGCCCCCAAACUUAUCGCCUACAAUUCUUUACCCGGCGGCUGGAAUCUGGUGGUUAUGGAUGCCCUUGAUAUUGAUAAUGAUUGCUUUCCACAACGACCUGGCUCAUAUCGACUGCUCAGUGAGAUAAGUGUUUUGGACCGUCAGCCGCUGAAGGAGACCAUCACCUCUCUCAUCCGGGAGUUACACAAUCACAAUGACGGCUACGUUCAUGGCGACCUUUGA